CUCUACGUAGCGGCAGAAUAUGUUGUCAAGACUGAGAGUGUCUGCACGAAUUGUGAUUCCUCUUCGAUUCGCAAGAACAAAGCCAGCCGUCGAUCUUUAUCGUGAUCCGCAUUCCAAUCCAGACAGCACAAAAAGCUUGUCACUCGCGGAUAUCAAAGAAUCCUAUGACAGAAUUAAGGAUGGAAUCAUCCGCACUGAUUGCAAACGAUCUGACUACUUCUCAAGGAUAGCUGGAUGUGAAGUUUACUAUAAAAAAGAAAGCAAACAGCGGACUGGCAGUUUCAAGGAGCGUGGAGCUCGCAACGCCUUGCUAUGUCUAUCAGUUGAAGACAGAGAGAAAGGGGUUGUCGUCGGCUCGCAUGGAAAUUAUGCACGCGCUAUGGCAUAUCAUGGAAAUAUGCUUAAGGUUCCAAUAACAUGUGUACUACCGCGCUAUGUAACGCUCAGAGCAAUCAGUCGCUGUAAAGAAUUUGGAGCAAAUGUCAUAGUAAAGCGGACUGGCAGUUUCAAAGAACGUGGAGCUCGCAACGCCUUGCUAUGUCUAUCAGUUGAAGACAGAGAGAAAGGGGUUGUCGUCGGCUCGCAUGGAAAUUAUGCACGCGCUAUGGCAUAUCAUGGAAAUAUGCUUAAGGUUCCAAUAACAUGUGUUCUACCACGCUAUGUAACGCUCAGAGCAAUCAGUCGCUGUAAAGAAUUUGGAGCAAAUGUCAUAGUAAAGGGAAAGAAUGUUGCUGAGGCGAGAAAGUACGCAUUUGAUCUUGCGCAAGAAAAAGGCAGCCAUUUUAUUGAUGGACACGAUCAUAUAGAUGUCAUAGCUGGAGCUGGCACUAUUGCGUUGGAAAUAUUCGAACAGCUGAAGGAAGUGGACACCAUUCUCGUACCAGUUGGAGGUGGUGCUCUUCUGGCUGGUAUCACUACGGCCGUCAAAGAAAUUUCUCCCAAUACAAGGAUUGUUGGCAUAGAAACGAAAGCGUCGCAGUGCUUUACGAAGGCACUCGAAAAAGGCAAACCGGUUCUUGUAAAAUCGAGAACAUCUUUAGCAUCUUCACUGGCAUUUCCAAGAGCUGGAUACAAUUCUUUCAAUAUAGUCAAAGAUAAAGUUGACAUUGUUAGCGUGAAAGAGCAUUAUAUAGCUUUAGCUCAGCUAAGGAUGCUUGAGCAACAUAAGAUUGCUGUCGAAGGAGGUGGAGCCGUGGGUUUUGCUGCAUUGCUGAGCGAUCAGGUCAAAGCAAAGCCAGGAGCAAAAGUAGUGACCAUCUUGAGCGGUGGUAAUGUGGAUUGUACGGUACUGGGACACAGUAUAGAAAAAGGCCUACUUGCUGACGAUCGGCUGGUGUUAGUCGAUGUGUUUAUGCCUGAUCAAGCUGGGGCCGUUUGCGAACUACUGGAUAUCACUGCAAAGACCGGUGCAAAUGUUAAAGACAUUAGCAUGGACCAUAUUUUCCAUCAUUUUGGUGUGUUCACAAUCAAAUUGACUUAUAUUGCGGAAACGCGAGGACGUGAGCAUUCGUUGGAAUUGCAGAGAAUUCUUUCUCAAAGGUAUCAGGAUGACCUCGUUUUCUAUAUGAAGGAGACCAAACGUGCUGUGUAGAUGAUUUUUCUUGUUUUUAAACCCUUACGCAAAAUAUCCAACUGACUUA